AUCAAUAUUCUCCAACAUCCUGAAAGACGAAGAACAUGAAGCCUCCAACAAAUACAGCUGCUAAGGGCGCCGCAACUGAGCCCGCCCCGGCGGAUGCCAAAGCCGGAGAUGCAAUGCCGACGUACGACAAUUUCGAACCUUUCUGCGGUUGGCAGAGAGAGGAAGGGAAAGAAACCCUUGUGGUCCAUGUCCCUGAAUUCAAGAGAAACCAAAUCAAAGUCCAUCUCAUCAACCGUGGCACCCUAAGGAUCUCCGGAGAGCGCCCGAUUGACGGCAUGAAACGGAGUCGUUUCGCAAAGUAUAUCAAAGUUCCAAAGGACUGCAACCCAAAUGAAAUCACUGCAAAGUUUACCAAUGCUGGCCUUCUCCAUAUUAUUAUGCCCAAAAAAACUUCAGUAGAGUUAGAGACCAAGCAAGAUCAUCCCAUACAAGUAGUAGCUGAACAACAGGGUCAGGCUCAGGAUCAGAACGUGCAGCCAAAAACCAAAAGGAUUCAAGUUCAAGUGGCUGAGGAAUCAAGAAAGGUAUUUUCGGUGGCGAAGCAGACCAUAAUCAGGGAUCAGAAGGUGGUGAUGGGUGUUGCACUAGGGGUGGUGGUAGCGGUCGUGGUGGCUCUUGGUGCUUUUGCCGCGUACAAGUAUACAAGGCCGGCGCCUAAUGUUUAGGGUACUUGGUGACCUCAUAACAUGGACCAAGGCACUCACUUGGUCACCUGCGUGAUAGAGCUGGGAGGUCCUGCAAAAACAUAGCUCGACGUAUAUGUUAGAUUAUAUAUCAAUCUGUUAAUAAGGUUCUCACUCAACAAAAUGUAUACUCCUCUGUAAAAGAUUAUAUUGAAAGGUUUGAAGUAAAUAAAUUUGCUAUAAUUAAGUGCAA